AUGUUCAGUUGUAAACAAGCAAUCAAUAUGUUCGGCGGUCACCUUCUUCAUCACCAUCACAUUCCCCAUGCUGGAUAUGGCGGCUUCAGUGGAGGAAAUUUCGCUGCACCAACGACGUUCGCUGGAAGCUUUCCUCAACAGACCGGAUUUAGUGGUGCGUUUACUGCCCCGAAUGCCUUUACUGGAGCUUUUGCUGCUCCAACGGCGUUCGGUGGCUUAGGUUUCAGUGGACCAAGCUUCGCUGGCGGUGGUGGUAGCUCAAGCUUCCCAGCUGGUUUUGGUUCACCAUACGGUUACAGUCCUUUCUAG